AGAAGAAGACGUUUGUCGCGUUUUGAUUGGACGGCUGUGAGUUUGUUUCAGACAUGGCCGAAACCACCGGAGAGGGAGCGCAAGGAGGAUCCUUUUUUAACAAAGAGAGAAUAAAAUACAGCCCCGAGGAGGAGGCCCGGCUCGAGAGGCAGCACUUCUGGAGAAUAAUCGAUGCUUUUAGAUUUUACAGGGUCCACGUCCAGGAGCAGGUGAAGCGUGCCGAGCGCCAGUUCCUGAGCCUCCCGCAGCGCCACCAGAACCUGCUGCCCAACGUUGUGUCCAACCUGGCCCGGAUCAGCCAGUGCGCGGACCACAACCAGGACAUCCUGCAGGCCAUCGUUCACAACAGCCUGCACAUGUUCGAGAACAUCGAGUACGGCGAGAGGGAGGAUCCGCGGAAGGUGCGUCCCUCCACUACGUUCGACAUGGACAAGCUCAAGUCCACCAUAAAGCAGUUUGCCCGAGACUGGAGCGAGACGGGCCGCGCCGAGAGGGACACCUGCUACAAGCCCAUCAUCCAAGAGAUCCAGAGACUCUUCCCAAGUGACCAAUAUGAUGUGUCUAAGGUGAGCGUGCUGAUUCCGGGUGCCGGGCUCGGCCGCCUCGCCUGGGAGAUAGCCCGGCUGGGCUACAUCUGCCAGGGCAACGAGUGGAGCUUCUUCAUGCUCUUCUCUUCCAACUUUGUUCUCAACAGGUGUGAGAAGGUGAACUCUCUGACCCUGUACCCCUGGAUCCACCAGUUUAGCAACAACAAGAAAUCCUCCGACCAAACCCGGCCAAUCAUCUUCCCCGACAUCAACCCUCAGAGCUUACCGCUGGACGCAGACUUCUCCAUGGUAGCCGGAGACUUUGUGGAAGUCUACCGGGACUCAGAUUCCUGGGACUGCGUGGCGACUUGCUUCUUCAUCGACACGGCUCAUAAUGUCAUUGAGUAUGUGGAGACGAUCUGGAAGAUUCUUAAGCCCGGUGGAGUCUGGAUCAACCUGGGUCCUCUGCUGUACCACUUUGAGAACAUGGCCAAUGAGCUCUCAGUUGAACUGAGCUACGAAGACAUCCGCACAGCCAUCGUUAACUUUGGCUUCCACAUAGAGGUGGAGAAACCGUCGGUUCAGACGACCUACACCGAGAACGACCGCUCCAUGUUGAGAUACAUCUACGACUGUGUCUUCUUCGUGGCACGAAAACCUGCAGAACUGUACUUUACCGAAGAAGAAGAAGAAGAAGACGAAGAAGAAGACGACGAAGACGACCAACAACAGAGUUCCCCGCCGGCAGCCAAGUCGCCGCGGCGAGAAGACAUGGUGCCAAUAACUACAUGUGAACUCUUCUUCUGCAUUGAUCCAAACAUGAUUCAGCUUUUCCGGAAAAAGUUGUUUUUAAGUUGUUUCUAAUCACACUUUGGAAUAAAUAAAAUAACAUUUAAACAUA